CGGCAAUCCAUUUGUUCCUGAGUCCGUAUUCAUCGCGAAAGUAGCAUCCGACACCCAUCGCCUGGGACCAGACUCCUUCCCCUCCCUUCUGCUUCGCUCACCGUUUACUCUAACUGAUUCUCUUUCGUCUCGGGUGAAGUCUGCAAGAAAGCCGUGUGUGCUGCAUGCCUCCCCUCUCGAAGCCCCUACACCCUGUCGACUCCGACGCGUGCCCUGUGCCCUACUGAAACACAAUCAAAAGAGGACCUGGUCGUAGAGCCCUCUCUCGGUGCAAUCACCAAUGGCCCGGCGACUCAGAGUGUAUGCAUGAUUGCGCGGUGCUUUCCGGGUCCUCCGCCUGCACAUUUUCACCCAUUCGUAGACAUGGGGAUGUGGUCUGGCGAAGACUACGACACAGCACAAGGUUUCUAGCUCGCGCUUGCGGUCCGUCACAACACGAACACGAUCCCUGCUCUCGCAGCAUCGUGCGCGCGGAUUCACUUCGCCCGCACUGUAUUGACGGAUGACUGCUUAAUAUGGACUCGCUGGCCCUUCCUUGUGUGAUUCGUUCUCGGGGAAUGCACGGUAUCGAAUGAUGUGCAUAGACUGGGCACUAUGCAGCCCACGCUCUAACCCUUGCAGAGCCUAGGCCCCGUGAGCGACUAGACGCAUGUAUUGAUGCUCGGCUGGUAUAGGACUUCGUGUUACGAAGAUCUGGUGAGCCUUGCGACGACUUGUCGCAGGCUGGAACCCUGCCGCGGCAUUGAGUUGUGCUGUAACGCCAAUCCGGACAAAGGACAGAGUCACGAUCCAUUCGACCGCGCUGGUCCUGGACUCGUUUCCCAUCAGCUCUCAUGACCGCGGAGGGGUCCCAUAGCCUGGUAUUGCAGAAGCCACCCCUGAUUCACCACGAACGGGAGCCCCGAUGAGUUCUUAUUCAGCGCCGUUCCUCAUCAAGCUAGCCUAGACUGGAUGGACCCUAGUCUUCUCUAUUCGAAUUGCCAUUGACCAGAUGGAAUGAGCAGGAAACAGGCAGCGCAGAUUCUGGCCGUGCAUGUAUGAGAGGAGGGUGAGAGCAGGAUGCGACUGAGGCAGGCUGCUGGGACGGUGAUUUUGUUGCUGGGAUGAAGCGGGAACAGCAGCUGACUGGUUCUCAUUUCCGUGCCAUAAACCCGAGAUGAAGUCAUUUCCCAUGGAUCUGUUGGGGCUAAUAGCUGCACAGACGUUUUCUCAGUACCUAGCCACCGUCGUUUAAAGCACAGUUCAA